AUGACAGAGGGCCCCAGGAAGGCCAGCAGAAAGUUCAAGUUCUUCAAGUUCAAGGGCUUCGGGAGUCUCUCCAACCUCCCUCGCUCCUUUACUCUGAGACGGUCCUCGGCUGCUGGCACCAUCCGGUCUAAUCUAAAGCCUGAAAUCUUCGAGGCUACGCAGGAUGACAUGGUUACAGUCCCCAAGAGUCCCCCAGCUUAUGCCCGUUCCAGCGACAUGUACAGCCACAUGGGCACCAUGCCCCGCCCCAGCAUCAAGAAGUCUCGGGACCGGCAGGCUGCCAAGGAGGCCCCAGAGAUGGGCCCUGAACCCCACCUCAUGCCCCAAAGUCUGCCUGACCCCGCACAUGAGGAGGCAACCAAGGAGGUAGCAGUGGAGACCGAGGCCCCCCUGGAGGACACCCCAGCAAUGAAACUCAACCCUUCAGCAGUGGAGGUGAGCCCCACAAGAAUGCCUGAGGACCCCAGCAGAGACACAGAAGAGGAGAGAGUCCCUGGGACUGUGUCCCCAGAAAGGGCUGCGGGGGAGCCGGAGGCCAGCGAGGACUAUGUGAAGUUUUCCAAGGAGAAGUACAUCUUGGAUUCAUCGCCUGAGAAACUGCACAAGGAGUUGGAGGAAGAACUCAAACUCAGCAGUACAGACCUCCGCAGCCACGCCUGGUACCAUGGCCGCAUCCCUCGUGAGGUCUCGGAGACCCUGGUGCAGCGCAACGGUGACUUCCUCAUCCGGGAUUCGCUCACUAGCCUGGGUGACUACGUGCUCACGUGCCGCUGGCGCAACCAGGCCUUGCACUUCAAGAUCAACAAGGUGGUGGUGAAGGCGGGCGAGAGCUACACCCACAUCCAGUACCUGUUCGAGCAGGAGAGCUUUGACCACGUGCCUGCCCUCGUGCGGUACCACGUGGGCAGCCGAAAGGCUGUGUCGGAGCAGAGUGGCGCCAUCAUCUACUGCCCUGUGAACCGCACCUUCCCACUGCGCUACCUGGAGGCCUGCUAUGGCCUGGGCCAGGGCAGCGGCAAGGCUGCCAGCCCCGCCAGCCCCUCGGGCCCCAAGGGCAGCCACAUGAAGCGACGCAGCAUCACCAUGACCGAUGGGCUCACUGCCGACAGAGUCACCCGCAACGAUGGCUGUCCCACCAGCACAUCACUGCCCCACCCCCGGGAAUCCAUCCGCAACUGCGCCCUCAGCAUGGACCAGAUCCCGGACCUGCACUCGCCCAUGUCGCCCAUCUCUGAGAGCCCCAGCUCCCCCGCCUACAGCACCGUGACCCGUGUUCAUGCCACCCCCGCAGCCACCUCAGCCACAGCGCUGCCCGCCUCCCCUGUCACCCGCCGCUCCAGUGAACCCCAGCUGUGUCCUGGAAGUACCCCAAAACCCCCUGGGGAGUUGGACAAGGGCCCUUAUGCCAGCCCCUCCCACACCCUCUGCAAGGCCUCCCCGUCACCGUCACUCAGCAGCUACAGCGACCCGGACUCUGGCCAUUACUGCCAGCUCCAGCCCCCCGUUCGAGGUAGCCGUGAGUGGGCAGCGGCUGAGGCCUCCAGCCGGCAGGCCAAGAGCUACGGGGAGAGACUAAAGGAACUGUCCGAAAACGGGGCUCCCGACGGGGACUGGGGCAGGGCCUUCACAGUCCCCAUCAUAGAAGCCACCUCCUCCUUCAACCCGGCCACCUUCCAGUCUCUACUGAUCCCCAAGGAUAACCGGCCACUGGAGGUGGGCCUGCUGCGCAAGGUCAAGGAGCUGCUGGCAGAGGCGGACGCCCGGACGCUGGCUCGGCACGUCACCAAGGUUGACUGCCUGGUUGCUAGGAUACUGGGCGUUACCAAGGAGAUGCAGACCCUAAUGGGAGUCCGCUGGGGCAUGGAGCUGCUCACCCUCCCCCAUGGCCGGCAGCUAAGACUAGACCUGCUGGAAAGGUUCCACACCAUGUCCAUCAUGCUGGCUGUGGACAUCCUGGGCUGCACCGGCUCUGCUGAGGAGCGGGCAGCGCUUCUGCACAAGACCAUCCAGCUGGCGGCUGAGCUGCGGGGGACCAUGGGCAACAUGUUCAGCUUCGCUGCGGUCAUGGGUGCCCUGGAUAUGGCCCAGAUUGCCCGGCUGGAGCAGACGUGGAUGACCCUGCGGCAGCGACACACAGAGGGUGCCAUCCUCUACGAGAAGAAGCUCAAGCCAUUUCUCAAGAGCCUCAAUGAGGGCAAAGAAGGCCCGCCGCUGAGCAACACCACGUUCCCUCACGUACUGCCACUCAUCACUCUGCUGGAGUGUGACUCGGCCCCGGCAGAGGGCCCGGAGCCCUGGGGCAGCACGGAGCACGGCGUGGAGGUGGUGCUGGCCCACCUGGAGGCCGCCCGCACGGUGGCACAUCACGGGGGCCUGUACCACACCAAUGCCGAGGUCAAGCUGCAGGGGUUCCAGGCCCGGCCCGAGCUCCUGGAGGUGUUCAGCACCGAGUUCCAGAUGCGCCUGCUCUGGGGCAGCCAGGGCGCCAGCAGCAGCCAGGCCCGGCGCUACGAGAAGUUUGACAAGGUCCUCACCGCCCUGUCGCACAAACUGGAGCCUGCUGUCCGUUCCAGCGAGCUGUGACCCCCAUGGACCCUUCCCCUCUGUGGCUGCAGGCAGCAUUGGGGACAGAGGGGCACAGACCUUUCCCCAGAGCACCCCAGGGACACUGUGAUCAGCCCAAGAAUGUUCUGGGCUCAACGCCAGGAUCUCCCUUUCGCCUCCAGGGUUCUGCAUGGGCUCUGGGCUCUGUCCCACUGACUACAUGCUCACCAAGUCUCCCUUCAGGAAGAACCGGAACCCUGUUCCUCCCUCCAGCUUCUGCUUCCCUCCUUCCUGCUGAGGUGCCCUGUGUUUGAGCCACGGGAGGCUCCUCAUGCCUCCUCACUCUUUCCAGGCAUCUGCUCCCCACCAACACCAAGGCCUCCAUCUGGCUGUAAAUAAGACUCUCUGUUCUGUAAAUAGAUGUACAGAA